ACGAUGUUGUGGUUCGCAGCGUGCGAAGGGUGGUGCGCGGCCAUGAAGUGGCUCAUCGACCACGGCGCGGAUCUCCACGCGUGCGGCCACCUCGACCAUUUCCCGCUGAGCGCGGCGGUCGUCAACAACCACCGCGACGCCGCUGUCGUCCUGCUCGAUGCCGGCGUUCGCAUCGACGAUAGCCCUCGAGGGCGCACCGCGCUCCACACCGCGACGCUCCACGGAAACUACGAACUGGUCCGGCUUUUGCUCAGUCGCGGCGCGUCG